AAUACAGAGAACAUGUAUCCUCUGCAUUGUGGAUAUAUUGUAUAUAUCCACAAUGCAGCAGACGGAUAACACACCUUGAAUUAUAAGGUGGUUUUUGCACCAAAAUAUUUUUUUUUAAAAAGGGUCAAAUCAGCUGCCUGUGUUUCACUAGUAAAAAAGGUAGACAGAACAUUUCUGUCUGUCUGUAAUGUGGCUGGUGAUGCAAAUAAUCCUUAUUUCUUCGAAGAUGCUUCAUUCCCUUAAUUGUAUUUCAUGUCGUGGCCAUCAUCAUCAUCACCAUCAUCACCUAUGUACAUGCGAGGUUCACCGAUGUCAGGCAGAUCCUCCUGCUCUCCGGUGGCCGCCGUGACGUCAGAGAGAGAGGGCGUCAGACAGCGGCGGUGGGUCGGCUGCCAGAGUAUAAAGGCUCGCAGACCGGCUCUGCGGGCUGCAUUCUGAGUGCGAGACGAGAGAAGCCCCUGCACAUGGAAGUACAGAGAAACACCGGGCCCCAGCAGACGAACAGCGGCGGCGGCGGCGGCAGCAGCAUGUGUGAGUCGACGCAGAGGUCCGGCGAGCCGCGCCGAAAGAGAACGGAGGAGCGCAGUGCGCCCUCGGAGAUGGCCAGGAUCAUCACCGACCCUGCCACGGGGAAGUGUUACUGCCGUGGAAAAGUUUUGGGAAAGGGAGGCUUCGCCAAAUGCUACGAGAUGACCGACCUCUCCACCAGCAAAGUUUACGCAGCCAAAAUCAUCCCACACGCGCGCGUCUCCAAACCGCACCAGCGGGAGAAGAUCGACAGAGAAAUUGAGCUGCACAGAGCACUGCACCACAAACACAUAGUGCACUUCUAUCACCAUUUCGAGGACAAGGAGAACAUCUACAUCCUGUUGGAAUACUGCAGUAGAAAAUCGUUAGCACAUAUCCUAAAGGCUCGCAAGGUGCUUACCGAGCCAGAGGUGCGGUAUUAUCUAAGGCAGAUUGUCUCGGGACUGAAGUACCUGCACGAACAAGAAAUCCUUCACAGAGACCUGAAACUGGGUAACUUCUUUGUGAGCGAGGCGAUGGAGCUGAAGGUCGGGGACUUUGGUCUGGCUGCCAAGUUGGAGCCGGCGGGAAACAGGAGGAAGACGAUAUGUGGGACUCCCAACUACUUGUCCCCUGAGGUGCUCAACAAGCAGGGCCACGGCUGUGAAUCAGACAUCUGGGCCCUGGGCUGUGUAAUGUACACCAUGUUGUUGGGCAGACCCCCGUUUGAAACCACCAACCUGAAGGAGACAUACAGGUGCAUUCGAGAGGCGAGGUACUCCCUGCCCUCGUCCCUGUCACCACAGGCUAAGCAGUUAAUCGCCAGUCUGUUAGCCAAGAUCCCGGAGGACCGACCCAACCUGUACCACAUUCUGAGGCAUGACUUCUUUACACAGGGCUUCAGUCCAGAGCGCCUGCCGGCUAGCUGUUGCCACUCGGCACCAGAUUUCCACGUCUCUAGUCCUGCCAAGAGCUUCUUCAAGAAAGCUGCUGCUGCUCUGUUUGGUGGGAAGAGAGACAAGGUCAAAUACUACGAGACUCUGAAUAAGCUCACCAAAGAGGAAGAGGAGAUCUACAAACUGCAGCACGACCUGGAGAGAACUGUCAUCAGCCAACAACACAGCAAAAAGGUUUCAGAGAAUGGAAGUCUACUUCCGCCAUCUGCAGAGAGCCCCAUUGCCUUGGCAACAGAGAGCCAGUCACCAGCGACGCGAGAUACCAUCCGGCUGAUCGUCAGGGGGAGUCUGGGGAGCUGCAGCAGCAGCAGUGAAUGUCUCGAAGAUAACACAACGGGUAGUGUGGCCGAGACUGUCGCAAGUGUGUUGAGGGGUUGUCUGGAGAACAUGCCCAAAGCAGAGGAUGUUCCUCAAGGCUCAACAAGCUGCAGCCUUCAAUGGGUGACUAAAUGGGUGGACUACUCCAACAAGUAUGGCUUUGGAUACCAGCUGUCUGAUCACACCGUGGGAGUUCUCUUCAACAACGGCACUCACAUGAGCCUCCUGCCCGACAGAAAGACCAUCCAUUACUACGCAGAGUUGGGCCAGUGCUCUGUGUUCCCCACCUGCGAGGUUCCUGAACACUUUGUGGGCCAAGUGACUGUGCUCAAGUACUUUUCUCACUACAUGGAGGAGAACCUCAUGGAUGGCGGGGACCUAGGUGGUAUGACAGACGCACACAUGCCCAGACUCUACCUGCUGCAGUGGCUCAAGUCCGACCGCGCCCUCAUGAUGCUCUUUAAUGACGGCACUUUCCAGGUCAACUUUUACCACGACCACACCAAGAUCAUCCUGUGCUGCCAGAGAGAUGAGUACAUGCUCACGUACAUUAAUGAGGACCGCGUCUCAAAAACCUUCAAACUCAGCUCCCUGCUCACAUCCGGCUGCCCCACGGAUCUGCGCGAACGCAUGGUGUACUCCCUCAACAUGCUCCUGCAGAGAUGCAGCUAAAACCCACAAUGACAUGAUUUUGGACAGUGGAUCCAGUGCACUGUGCUACUGCAGUGCCACUCCGAAAUGAUGGAUCAGAUCAGGAUCUGUGUUCCAAGACUGGUGGACCAAAGAUGGACUUGUGCGAAGUAAAUCAACAUUCCUACACCACUGCACCUUCGUGACUCAGCAGAGGUGGUGGCGGAAAAAAACCCAAUAAUACGGAGCGGCUGAAAGAGAUUGAGACAAUGAAAUGUAGCACAAUGACUGUGGAAGGAAAAGGGCUGAUUUGUAUGUCAAUAGUUGUAGAAGAGGAAUGGACGAGUAUGUUGGUACGAUUGUGAACCCCAGGUGUUUGUGGGGGUAAAAGGAGGGAUAUUUGGAAAGUAAAGACAAGUGCUGGGCUGGUUCCAGCUUAAUUGUGUAUAGUAUAGUUGAAGCUGUUUGUAGAGGAAAUCCAAUUAAACUGAUGCUCUGCAUGUAACCAGAGCACACCUGUGGAAUAUUGUAAAUGAUGUACAGUGUAUGUCACAGCCAACUCAGCAGCGCAAAGAAAUGAUUUGACAAUGUGUGUGGACGGUCCAGAGUUCAGCUGUUUGAGUGUGAGUGUGCGAGUGGGAGGGGUGUAAUAUCACACUAACUUUUAAAAACUGUGAUUUGUUCUCCGUACUGACAGAUGGACUCAGCACAUUGAGCUGGGUACCAGAGGGGAGGAGAGAGGGGGGAGGGCUGGAGGAGAGAAUGACAUUAAAAACCUGUAUCAGAGAUCCUCAGAGGAUCCUGUCAAGAGCCAUUAUCACCUUGGUAGAAAAAUGUCCUAAAUUAUUGUGUUUAAAAGGUGCAGUAUUUAUUUAUUUAAUUAUAAUAAAGAGCCUUUUCUAAAACAUCUA